AUGGGAGAAAUCAGCAGUGGUUCGCUUGAAACUACACCAACUUGGGCGGUUGCGGUCUUUACAUUCGUAUUCUUCUUCUUAGCUUUCAUCAUCGAGACUUCACUUCACCACCUUACAAAGUUUCUUAGGAGGAGGAAAUUCAAAUCCUUCAAAAGGGCUUUGGGAAAGAUCAAAAUGGAAAUGAUGAAGAUGGGUUUCAUCUCGUUGCUUUUGGCAUUCACGGAGGCAUCCAUUCCAAAUAUUUGUGUCACCAAAAGGGUGUCCAAAUCCUUUCUUCCAUGUAGAGAUAUUGCUAUGGAGGCGUCCAUGGAGUCGGUUGUUUUCGCUUCUACUCGAACUCCCGUGCUCAACUCAGACCAAACUGAUCAUUGUGAAUCGAAGGGAAUGGUUUCUUUGAUGUCGAGGGAAGGGGUUUCUCAGCUGAAUAUCUUGAUCUCCUUGUUGGCUGUGUUUCAUGUUCUUUAUUGUAUGUUCACAAUGUGUUUAGGGAUCGCCAAGAUUAGAAAAUGGAAAGCGUGGGAGAAGGAGACUCGAGCUCUUGAUUAUCAAAUGGACAAUGAUCCAAGGAGAUUCCGGCUCACAAGUCAAACAUCUAUUGGGAGAAGACAUCUAAAUUUCUACGCCACUCAUCCACUCUUGGUUUGGCCUGUUUGCUUUAUAAGACAAUUCAGUGGCUCAGUUUCAAAAUCUGAUUACUUCACUCUACGCAAUGGCUUCAUUACGUCCAACAUUGCUGGAGGGUCUGAGUUCAACUUCCAGAAGUUUGUUCAUAGAGCUUUCGAUCAUGAUUUUGUGCAGGUGAUUCAAAUCAGGUUCUGGAUAUGGAUUUUCUCCAUUCUUUUUAUAUUUUUCAGCGCACAUGAGUUCUACAACCAUUACUGGCUCCCAUUCAUUCCAUUAGUGAUUGUAGUUACUGUGGGAACAAAGCUGCAAGUGAUCAUAACAACAAUGUGUGUAGAAAGCAGCAGAAGAAACCCCAUAAGCCAAGGAGAAUUUACAGUGAAGCCUCACGAUCAACUCUUCUGGUUUAGCAAACCCAACUGGCUUCUUUACCUAAUCCAGUUCGUCCUCAUUCAGAACUCAUUUCAGCUGGCGUUUUUCACGUGGACAUGGUUUGAAUUUGGGGUAAAAUCAUGUUUCAACCGAAGGAAUGAAGAUAUUGCUAUUAGGCUUGGGAUGGGCGUUGGAGUUCAGUUGCUUUGUGGAUAUGUCACGCUGCCUCUUUACGCUCUCGUUACUCAGAUGGGGUCGAGCCUAAAGAGGACAGUAUUCACUGAUGAUGUCGUAGAUGGUCUCAAGAAUUGGAAGAGAAGGUCGAAACAGAGGCUUUCCAACAAGCCAUCCUCUUCGACCCGUUACUCCAAAUCAAUGUCUUUCCAUAGUGAACAUCGGAAUAGCCUCAGCCAUUCGUCCGGCCGAGAGAUAUCGCUCGUAGCAACGGCUGAAGAACGAAACUCGACCCGAGGACGAUCUAAUAGUGAGGGUUGCGAUGAAGAAGCUAUUAGCUGCACGCAAAGGGAAAAGUGUAAAGUGGGAAUGAGAUCAAACUAUGAUGGGGAGAUCUCUUUUGCAAGCACAUGGAAAGAAUUGGAGAUUAAGAUGAUUGGAGAAGGAGCUUAUGAGACUCUUUAG